CAUACCUUCGCCAAGGUACACACUAGUGAUUUAGUUGUCGGGUGUUCACUUAGGCUGUCGGUUGUUUCACCUCGUCGCAGGUGAAGUAUCCAGGUUUGCUGAAACCCAGCCUACUAUCAGGUGCUAACGGCUCCUGGUCCAGGGCAGAGAAGACAUUUUACUAACCAAGGAUUCUUCAGGUCAAAUGAAAUCUAAGAAACCACCAUGACAAGGCACCCAUUCAUGACAGUUAAAAAUUUGUGUUUGAUGCUGCCAGGAAUAGCAGCAGGAAUAGCAGCAGUGUCAGGUGCCGCCGAGGUUGACAGUCCCCAAUGUGCUCGGUGGGAUCGUGGUCUGUGUGUUGAAUGUUACUACGGAUGGUUUGGGCAUCGGUGUCAGAGACAAUGUGACAGACACUGCUGGCACACCGGGUGUUAUAAACAUACUGGGAUCUGUGAACAAUGUGUGCCUGGUAAACACGGCAGAGACUGUAACACUGACUGUCCUGACAACUGUAGACGGGAUAGAGAUGGGAGGGUGAACUGUGAUCGGGAAGGAGGGGGAUGCCUGGAGGGGUGUAGGGAGGGCUGGUGGGGGGACACGUGUAACAACCCAUGUAAUGUUAACUGUAAGACAGGGGCAUGUCAUCAAACAUCAGGUCAUUGUAUCGGCGACUGUACACGUGGGUGGCACGGACUGGCUUGUGACAAACGGUGUUCAGCUGGUUGUCGGGGCAACAUAUGCAGAUGUGUUACAGGGGUAUGUACGCAUGGAUGCGAGAGAGGCUGGUUUGGUGAAAAAUGUACAGAGCGAAAACAACAAAGAGAAUGCAGUUUCACGUGUAGAAGCCGUGAGUGUGAUAUGAAUGGGAGGUGUUUAAAAGGAUGCAAAAAUGGAUUCAGAGGCAGCACGUGUAUCGAGCGAUGUCCAGACAACUGCCACAUUUGUGAACAAGACACGACGUCAUGCACGACAUGUGAACGUGGAUGGCAGGGACGUCUCUGUACCAACAGAAGUAUCGCCCGUCACCAUCCGCACAAAGGUCAUCCAACAUUCGAAGUGCUUGGCUCCCCGUCUGAACCAACAGGUGGUGCUACCGGCAGGGACAGUGGCAGCAUAUUGCUUCUGUUGGUGGCUGUGAUCAUCAGUGCCAUGUGCCAGACAGACCUUUCAUGGUAUUCCAAUGAACUGUUCCGAAUACAAGACACUUCACUGUCUACCUUACAGAAGUUACGGACUCAAGUAAAACGGUCCUGCAUGCAGAUUGCAUGUCAUGAGUAUUCACUAGGUCAAGCGUUUGUAAAUUGGCGGUUCCAAAGGCCGUCAAUAUCAGAUCGUUAGUCCAGUGCAUAACGACAUGUAAAAGAUUGUUUUUACUUGAUGAUUCAUGACGAAAUUAUGUUUUAAUAUCUUUCGUUAAUUUCUAAUUUUGUAACAAUCCCGGCACGGAAAUAGCACUUGUUCAAGCAUUGUAGAGCGUGCAAAAUGGAAGUAACGACAAUAGACGUCUUUGCCAUUGUCGUUUACAAUCAUUGUAUCAGUAAAACAUAAAACCUCCACCCUCAAUUGUGCUGAAUAUACAUGGGAACACAGGCAUUGGUGUUCGGAUUUUCGGCCUUAAUGUGAAAAAGUUAUUCAAAUGUGCAUUUUUUAACUUAACUGUAUUAAUUGUUCUUGGUGCCAAUUUGUCCGAUUGAUUUUCUUUUUUUCGCAAUUUUGUAAAUAUAUGUAGAAUUAUGUGGUGUCAGAAUAUGUUAGUGGCAUUCUUGACACUAAAUGUUUAGACGGUUUGAAAUAAAAAGGUAUUAUUUAAAACACAA